AUGAAUUCAAACAACUGGCUUUCAUUUCCUCUUUCUCCAACUCACUCAUCUUUACCGACUCAUCUUCAUAACACUCAGUCCCACAAUUUUUCUCUAGGCCUUGUUCAUGAUAACAUGGCUGACACUCCUUUUCCUAACCAAGAAUGGAACCUGAUUGGUGCACAAGGAGGCAGCAAUGAUCAAGUGCCUAAAGUUGCAGAUUUUUUGGGUGUGAGCAAAUCAGAGAACUCAACAGAUCUAGUGGCAUAUAACGAUAUUCAUCAAGGUAAUGACACGGAUUAUUUGUUCACAAACAACAGCCUAAUGCCACAAGUGCAAAGCACCUUGUCCUCUACACCUACAAACUACGAACUACUGCCCGAGAAUUCAAGCACUUUGCAGUCGUUGACGUUGUCUAUGGGUAGCGGAAAGCGUUCGACUUGUGAAGCAAGUACCGGCGGUGAUGAUACUAGCAAUGAUACUACGACCAAUACUACUACUAGUACUGCUGUUGUUGAAGCUAACCCUAGAAGAACUUUGGAUACAUUCGGUCAAAGAACUUCGAUCUAUCGUGGUGUAACUAGGCAUAGAUGGACAGGAAGAUAUGAAGCUCAUUUAUGGGAUAAUAGUUGUCGAAGAGAAGGGCAAUCAAGAAAAGGACGUCAAGUGUAUCUUGGUGGAUAUGACAAAGAAGAGAAGGCAGCUAGGGCUUAUGAUAUGGCUGCACUAAAGUAUUGGGGAACUUCUACUACCACCAAUUUUCCUAUUACAAACUAUGAAAAGGAAAUCGAGGACAUGAAACAUAUGACUAGACAAGAAUUCGUAGCAUCCAUUCGAAGGAAAAGCAGUGGAUUUUCUCGUGGUGCAUCGAUGUAUCGAGGUGUAACCAGGCAUCAUCAGCAUGGAAGGUGGCAAGCAAGAAUAGGGAGAGUUGCAGGCAACAAAGAUCUUUACUUAGGAACUUUCAGCACUGAAGAAGAAGCUGCAGAAGCGUACGACAUAGCAGCCAUAAAGUUUCGUGGCUUAAGUGCCGUUACAAAUUUUGACAUGAGUCGUUAUGAUGUUAAGAGUAUACUCGAGAGUAACACGCUUCCUAUCGGCGGAGGAGCUGCAAAACGCUUAAAAGAGGCCCAAGCACUCGAGUCGUCGAGAAAACGCGAAGAAAUGCUUGCUCUUGGCUCCGGUUUUCCCUUUGGGAACUCAGCCGCGGCGGGUGGUGUGCUACAAGCCUACCCUCUUUUACAACAACCAUUUGAUCAAACACAAUCACCACAACCUUUGCUAACUUUACAAAACCCUGAAAUAUCUCAUUAUUCCACACAAGACCCUCAUUUUCACCAGAAUUACCUUCAAGCCCAUCACCAUCACCCUUAUAGCAUGCAUAGUCCUCACCAAUCAUCAACCCAAACACCUCAAUUUUACAAUAGCUAUCUUCAAAAUAACCCGGUUUUGCUACAUGGUUUGAUGAACAUGGGCGUGGGUGGAUCUUCUUCUUCGGUGAUGGACGGUACUAACAACAAUGGUGGAAGCUCGAGUGGGAGCUAUAGCGGUGGAGGGUAUUUAGGUAAUUUUCUUGGACAGUCGGGGAGUACAGCCGAGGAGCUCGCGAUGGUUAAGGUUGAUUACGACAAUUUGCCAACCGAAAACUAUGCCGGAUGGUCUGGGGAUUCAUCGGUUCAAGAAUCAAACCCGAGUGUUUUUACAAUGUGGAAUGACUAA